UAUCUAUGGUUCAUACUCGGGGUAUACUGCACAGCCUCCAUGGAGCGAGGGGGAGCCCGCAGGAGGGUCACUGUCCACGACCGUCGCUCCGAAAAGAAAGAGAAACUCAGGACGCAUUGUCUGGACACGACUGGUCUGGACUUCAAUGGCUUUCUUGAACUUCUGCAAAGGAAAUUUGCAAUCCAUCCACAUGAAACAUAUGUGCUGGCCACAACGGACCGAAUAGUCCUGGAUUUUGACAAAUUCAGGCAGCUCCAGGAUGGCAGCACCCUCCACUUGUUGCAGCGGGAGAACCAAGCUCUGGCAGUGGCAACGGAUGAGCUCAUCAAGUUUGAGCCUCAUUAUGAUACGUUGAUCCGGGGGGGCUUGUAUGAGUACUACGCCAGCGAGGGCCAGAAAUCACUGCCAUACGCAUUCGCUGAGCUGAUCGACAACUCCCUUUCGGCCACAGCUAGAAACACGGGAGUGAGGACAAUAGAGAUACGGAUGGUGUUUGAUGAAACUCUCGGGAAACCUACAGUGAUUGUCUUGGAUAAUGGGUGUGGGAUGACCUCUAAGCAGCUCAAGAACUGGGCAGUGUACAGACUCUCUAAGUUCACCAGGGAAGAUGUCACAGUUGGAGGUCAGCAAGAGGGGUAUGUUCGGCCUAAUCCUGUCCGUCGGAGCCUCAACAGUGACAUAUCCUACUUUGGAGUUGGAGGAAAACAGGCUGUUUUCUACAUCGGAGACUCUACCAGGAUGAUUACUAAACCAGUUGGCUCUCCAGAUGUUCAUGAGCUGCUUCUGUCAAAAGAGGAGUUUGAGAGAAGAGAGAAGGAGAAAAAGGAUAUUUACAGCGCUUCCAUUAAAAACAGGAAGCCCGGUGACUCUUCACAUGUGCGUAAAGAGGAUGGACGCUGCCUCCGUUCCCUCAUCGCUGAGGAAUCUGGGAAGGAAAGCUUCACAGCCGUGGUCAUCACAGGAGUCUUACCUGAGCAUAUCGCCUUUUUGAAACAAGAUUUUGGUUUGUGGACCAGACAGCUAGCCCACAUUUAUCACUAUUACAUUCAUGGAGUCAAUGGAAAGGAAAUGCUUAGCUGCUCUUCAAACUCGGAUCAUCUACCUAAAAUCGAGAUUCAGAUCACUUUGCGCGAGAAGCCUCCCAGAAUUCCCCGUGCGCUGAAUCUAAGGGAAGUUGACAACGACAUGCAGACUCUGUACAUAAACACCUCCGUGGACACGUUCGAGUUCAAGGCCGUAACCGAAGACGACGGCACAGUGGAGGGAGUCAUUCGGUAUCAUCCCUUCCUCUAUGACAGUGAGACUUACCCCGAAGACCCCGAUGCUCUGCAAGCCUCUGUUGAUGAUGAUGACGAUAUCGAGUCUGGAGCCCGGCAUCAGGCGAGAGGGAAGAAGCCGAUAUUUGACUGUUUCUGGAAUGGACGGCUUAUACCUUACACCAAAGUGCAUGAGUUUGACUGGUGUUCUCCGAAUAGAGGAACAAAGGAGCUUGCAGAGUGUUACAGUCGACUUUCAGGAGCGCUUUUCAGUGACGACAAAUUCCAGGUCACCACAAACAAGCUGACCUUCAUGGACCUGGAGCUAAAGCUAAAGCAGAAGGGCACCUUCUUCACACGCAUUGUUAAUUCACAGAAACAAAGAGGAAACAUUCAGAGGGACUUUACAGCGUGGCUGAAAAACUGCCACGAGAAGUGGGACAAGCAAAUAAAGUUCUUUGGCUAUAAGGAGACCAUAACACGGGACGAUCUGCCCACUAAGAAAAAUUAUCCCUGGGCGGUGUUCUCCUCCAUCGAAUGGGACGGCAAAAUAUACCAAACAGGCCAACUUGUGAAGUCUCAGAAAACGGUGCCCAUUAUUCAUGGUCAUGUGGUUCGUUUCUUGCUGUACGGAAAACAUGACGGCAGUGUCUUUGCCACAGGAGGAGAGGUUGAAGUGGUUCUGGAACCCAAAGCAUUUUACGACAAGAUAAAGACCAUAGCCAUUUCCAAGAUUGACAAGACCGCCACUGAUGCAGCCAUCCAGAACAACAUUGACAAUGACUUCGCCAAGCUUCCAGAUCUUCUGAAAGUGGAUUGGCCAGAAAGUAACCCCUGGCCACUAAAUGCUGCUCGUCCAGCUGGGACUCCAUUUGGGCCACUCAAAGUUGAAAUUCUUAACAAGAAGGGAGAGUUGUUAUCCAAGAUGCCAACUGUGGGCCAGGGAGCAGGGAAAAAGCUGAGUGUUGGGCUCAAAGUCAUCCUGAACGGUCCUAAAGGAAAUGAAACGGUUCUCUCUCUUAUGGCCCAACAUGGAAAGUGGGGUUUCUGGUUCAACAAAAUUGAAAAACUGACCAAGCUGGGGAAUUAUACUCUGUCCCUAAACACAAUGAUAAACGAAAACAAUGUUAUCGUCUUUGGAGGCAGAGCGCUUCCGAGCUACAAAAUCAAGUUCACCAUCACCGCCGGUGCUGCUGAGAGUUUCGUUGUGGGGGAAGUGAGCGCCACUCUUAAAGUAGGAGUGCCAUUCGACAUUCCUCUGCUGAUAAAAGAUGGUUGCAACCACUCAGCAACGCCUCCUGCUGAUCUCAAACCUGAACUCCAAUGCAGUGGCCUGGUUCUGAGUUACGAGAGAGUGGACAACACAGGGACCACCUUCACCAUCAAAGGUGUCAAAGCAAGAGGGAAAAUCCUGAACCAACAAUCCAAGACAUAUGACCUGAAAGUGACCCUGCCUGGCCUGAAGACAGACACACAGACUAUCAAGAUCUGUCUCCUUCCUGGUUAUCCACAUUCCCUCCAUGUGACGCCAGUAGACAACCCAAUCACAGUAGAGAACGGGAACCCUGUCACGUUUAAUGUUGAAAUUCACGAUGAGGCUGGAAACAUCACCGCUCACCCCAAACAGACCGUUUGCUGCCAGGUUCGGGAGUUUCCACAAGUGACAACUGACUGCAGCACCACAGGAGCUGGACUGCUUGUGACAAAGCCCAUAAACCUGAAAAUAAUCAAUGGAGAACCACAAAACCUCAUAGUUACGCUUGGGGUGCCUACUCAGAAGAAAAUCCAGUUGGUCAUGAGGCAGCUGAAGGUGAUGCCCAGCACAAGAGUGUCUCGCAUGGAGCUCUGCAGCGACGCGAAUUUGGUGCUGAGAGACAACGAAAAGAUAGAAUGGCUGGCUGGAGGCCUUCUGGAGAACCUGUUCUAUAAGCUGUAUGAUGAGGCUGGUAAAGAGGUUCCUCCCACUGCUCAAAUAGCCUCCAUGAUCAAGGUUAACUGGACAGGAGAUGUAAAUCCAAAAGAUUUGGUCCAAGGGAAGCUGCCUGACUUAAAGGUGCCCACGCAGGUGCAGACGGCGGUCUUCUACCAGGUGUCCUACAAAGACCAGAGUGUGUCUGUCUCCUUCCACAUAAUGCCUUGUCCGGAUGAACCAACACGACUCAAAGCAACUCUACUCCAAAACACAGUGAAGCUUGGAGAAAUCCUUCCUGGAAACAUCAACUUGGAGCUUGUGGACCAGUAUGAUAAUGUAUCCAAGACACUUGCCUCCACCUGUAUGAACCACAUGACUGUGGACGCUGAGGGUCUGGACAAAUCGGCCAUCGCCUUUAGUUGGCAGGAGAGCAGCAGUUCUGUUCUGGUAACGGGGGUGCAGUUCCAGUCCGGGCUUCUUGGCCCCAGAGAGUUGUGCUUCACCUACAGGAGCUUUGUGGAGCGCAUCAUGGUUAAAGUGACGGCUGGAGUUCCUGCACUGUUUAAACUCAUCAGUGGGCCCGAACAGCCUCUGCAGGUGAUGAAUGACCGAGGCAUCGCCACGCCGUUCGUCGUCCAACUGUGUGACGACUGGGGCAACCCAACUACAGACCAGAGGGUGGUGGUAGAAGUCAGGCCUUCAGCUCCGACACUCGAGGUGAAGACAGCUGUUACUUCACAUCCUGUGAACGCAGACGGGAAAGCCUCUUUCACUGUUAGUAGUGUGAGCGCGCCAAAGGGGUUCUAUCAGCUAGAGUUUAAAGGUUCUCUCAACCAGAAAUCCAUCCCUGGUUCCAUAGUGAAUCUCACCGUCGUACCUGAUCCCACCAAACCUGUCCACCUGUCGGUGGAGUAUAACAACAGUGCCGUUUUCCUUGCUGGAGGCCUCUUCCCAGUCUUCUCGGUCACCGUGGUGUCUGAUGAGGGAAGCCCGAUGACAACUUUGAACCCCGCUGCUGCGUCCAUGUUGCUGUGGAAGGGAGCGCCGUCAGGACAAACUCCUCCACAAACGGUCACUGAGCUGAAGUGUAAUAAACCCAUGGAGAAUGAAAAGAAAGACUGUUUUCACUUCAGAGAUAAAGAUAUCCCAGAACAUGUUGGAGAGUACACCAUCCAAUUUUCUCUACAAAUAAAAGAUAAAAAAGCCCUGUUAAGUGAUCAGAUUUCUAUAAACGUGGUGGCCAAUCGACCUUACAAACUGGGACCCGACUCUCAGCCACUGACCCCGGUUGUUUCCUGCUGCAAGGUCAUUGCCAACCGAACUUUGGUGGAGAAUAUGACUCUGAGGAUCAUGGAUUCAUGUGGAAACCCAGCUGGGCAGAACCUGUACGGGAAGGUGGUCGUCUCUAUACAGAACUCCAGCGGAGACGGCAACAAAAUCCUCCCUCUGUUUGAAGGCAAAACCAACCGCUUGACAAUAAACUUGGCAGGAGGAAAGGCCCACAUUACUAGGCUGGUUAUCAUGGAGAACAGCCCCGGCGAGAAUGGAAGUGCAUACAUCCUCCUCUUCACACCUGAAGUUGUAUCGUUUCCCACGCCCCUCGCUCAUUUUAAGCUCCCCUUCCAUUUUUCCAACGAUGCUGAUAAUAAAAGGAAAAUGACUGAGCUGUCCAGGAAGAAAGAUGAGCUCACUACGGCCAUUGCUAAAUACGAAGAUAUCUUUCAUACAUAUAGUGACCUCCUUAAUUUGCUGACCCCUCAACACCUGAAUGCAUGUGAAAAAGAGAAGACCCUUCGAAAUAAGCUGAUCAGUAGGAACGUGGAUAUUGCCGAAACUAUCCCAGAUAUUGACAGACUCCUUAAAGAGAAGAAAACCGAAGUUGACCGGAUCCAGCAAACCCCCAGAAGAGUUUGCUCCAUCCCCGAUCCCUUCAGUGGCCAGCAGGAUGUUUUGGGAAUGGUCGGCCACCUGGCCUUUGUGCAGGACGACGAUGCUGCGAGGGUUAUCUCCUGGCACAUAAGGAGUGACAUGGAUUGUGUCAUCACCAAAACGAUCGCAGCAGCACGGAAGAUCUAUGACAACACCCAGGGCAGCCAGCAGGUCAUGUCCCUUGACAGUGUCAAUGUGUCAGCAGACAACAGACUGUUGCCACACAUAAGAGGUUCCCGCAAGCUCUUUGAUCCCCCUGGGAACCCCGUCCACGCCAAGGACCUCCUGCUUUACACCGAAGACCUGGAGAGCCGUACCCUUGUUUUUAAAAACAUCCUCAGAGACACUAUUCUGAUUGAUGACCUGGAUUCUGCAACAAACUACAGAAAGGCGGUGGUUCAGAAUAAGCAGCAAUGUCCCACCAUCCUGACCAGACAGGGCGAUAGGAUCAGUGCCACGGGCAAGUUCGGAGGCAAACAGAACAAAGCCCCCCCGAUGAGCACGUUAAAAGUGUUUGGAGCCCCCCUCCCGCAAGAUUAUUACACCUUAAAGGAACACAUAGACCUGCUCAGCCAGUACCGGUCAGCUCUGGAGAAGAAGAAUCAUGCAGUAAAGGAGCGCGAUGAUCAUUUAAGCACCAUGAAAUCUCCUGACCUGCUGAACAAGCGAAAAGAAAUGGAGGAGAAGACAGAACAGCUGAAGGAGAUUGAGAGACAACUUAUGUCGACCCCAGUAAGACCAGUGAAACGGGUCUUGACGGUGCUGGUGAGCCAUCCAGCAUCAUCCCAAAGAGAGCGAAGUAGAGGUCAGCAUAAGAGGUGGACCAGUCCAGCCUGAUCUCAUCUUUGAGCUAUUGGAGUUUUUGUAUUUCAUUUUAUUUGUGUUUUUACAUGAUUUUAUACUUUUAUAAUAAUCAGAACUGAUGACAAAGUAAUGUGCAUGGAAUGAUUAAUUUCAGAGAAUGGCUUUAUUCUUUCUAUAAAAUAAAAAAAAAUACAUAUUUACAAAGAUC